CACGAUCCAAGCUAAGUGAGAGCACGAAGCAAGAAACCGUCGCGCCGAUGACCGUACCGCCACCGCACAGAAAACAAAAAACGAUCAGAUCAAACACCCAUGUGCCCAAUUCGAAAAUAAAACCGCUGCAGAUUCCGGGAACCUGCUGCGCGGACCAAUCCGAUCCACCCCCGGGGGAGCACUGAUCUCGUCAGGAACAAAAGCUAUCACCUCCCCUAAACGAUCUUUGCGGCGCCACCCGGGUGCGCAGCCUAUAUAAAGCGCGGGCAAGCCUCACCCACCUCAUCUCACUCCAGAGUCCAGACUUCCAGAGCCAGCCAGCCGCUUAAUUUGAUUUGAACAACCCGCAGCUUAAUUUGAUUAAGCGAUCGAUCUAUCUCAGUUGGAGCUCUGCGAGCGAACGCGCGUCGUGGGCCCACGUACGUUCAACGGACAGCUGCUCGGAGAGAUCAUGGACGGCAAGCUGGGCGUGCACCACGGGCACCACCACAGCGGCAUCUCCAAGCCGCCGGCGCACCACCACCACGGCGGCAAGAGGGGCGCCAGGAGGCACGCCGGCAGCGGCGGAGGGGGGAGUAAUAAGGGGAUCAAGGUGGUGUACAUCUCCAGCCCCAUGAAGCUCACCGCCAGCGCCGAGGAGUUCCGCGCCGUCGUGCAGGAGCUCACCGGCCGCGACUCCAACGUCGCCGACCACGACCUCGCCGGCGCCUACUACGCGCCGUCGUCGUCCUCGUCCUCGUCCUCAUCCUCGUACGCAUCGUUCGGGCGCGUCUCCCCGACGGGGGCCGGCGCGGCAGGCGGCGCCGCACGCGCUCUGUCGCCGACGAUGGCCACGGGGGCGAGCGUCGGCGCGGGACGGGCGGCCGAGUACGGCGCCGCGAUGGCCGCGCCGCCGCCGUUCCAGGGCAUGUACGACUACACUGCCGGGAGCUUGCUUUACGGCCAGGACUACUGGUAGGAACGAACGGAACGGGGAUUUCCCCCUUUGCGAUUGAUUUCACAUGCCAUGCCUAUGAACACAUGAUGUCCAUCCAGCACGCGCCCGUAUGUAUAUUGCGUGUAUUUAAUUUCCAUAAGCAGGCUUCAGCGUGCGUGCAUCAUGCUUCCUGUUCUUGGGUUGCAUCGAUUGAUCGAUCGAUCAUCUUGUACUGGGUAUAUAUGAGCACUAUGUCAAUAGCAGCUAGAUGUAUCUAUACGUAUUUUAAUUUGCCUUUUCAAAUUGAAUCUUUAAUUUCUUUGCUCUCCAAUAUAAUCUGUCCUCCGGCCUCCGGGGAUCAA